GAGUUAUAUUUUUUGGUAGGUAACCGGAAAGAAUAUGUUUGAAUAUGCUGCAGCCGGCUGUCUGUUGGAAAAAUCAGAGAGAAGAAGAAACGAAGCGCCUUCGUAAUCCAUGAACCGAUAAGCACGAUGCGUAGCAGAACAAGGCUUAGAAAUUCCAAUUUCUUGGCGAAAAACAUCAAAGUAGCAACCAUAGAAGAAUAUCAACAGUGGGAAGUUCAAUAAGCAAUAUGGUUGAGAGAGUAGAGAUCUCUGAUGGGGAAAACAGCAAUGGAAGUGAUGCCCAGGCUCAAAAUACCUCUCCGUUGUCUUCGCAAAAGUGUUCAUCUUUUGAUUUGAAUGCAGAGGCCAUUAGUGAAGGGGAUGAUAGCACUACAGAUGUUGCCAUUGUUGCCACUGAGGAUGAGACAGGAGAGAAUUCAAGGAAUAAAGAUGGCACUGGAGAGGGCGGUGAACGAACAACUACAGUAAGGCAAUAUGUGCGAUCAAAAAUGCCUCGGCUCCGUUGGACUCCUGAUCUCCACCUUUCUUUCCUGCAUGCCGUGGAAAAACUUGGUGGACAAGAAAGAGCAACUCCUAAAUUAGUUCUUCAGUUGAUGAAUGUAAGAGGGCUAAGCAUUUCUCAUGUAAAAAGCCAUUUGCAGAUGUAUCGAAGUAAGAAGUUGGAUGAGUCUGGGCAAGUUUUAUCUCUGUCAAUCAGGCUAAUGCAAGGGAUGAUUGAUCAAAUUCCUCCAUUGUUCUAUCAAAGGACCAGUCCAUAUCGACAUUUCAGAAUGGAGAACCGAAGUCUUUUACUGGCCAGAAACGCCCAAGAUUCUAACCCACACCCACAGCAGAGUCUAUUCAAUCCACUCUCCCAACAACCAUAUGCUUUUAAGGCAAACCCCUUGAGACACGAAGAGUGGGCCUUCAAUCAGCACACUUCGACUUCACGCCUGUUAGAUUCAAGGGGUGAUGUAUUCAGAGGAAAUGGACCCAUCAGACGCAGCCAAUUUCUUGAAGAAACAAGGUGGCCUCCACGAGAAAUGAGUAGCAACCCAGGAAAGGAUAGAAAACUUCCUGCAAAUAUUUCUUGGGCUAGCAGCAGUAGCUCCCAACCUCUGGCCAAGGCCAACCAAAUUCGGUCCACGUCAAUAUGUCUUGAUGCGGCGUCCUUCACCCUGCAGCAACCUCCGGGAUGGAAUGCCAACACUGGCGCCUCCGACAAGCAGUUUGGUUCCAGUGUGCGUGAUCCCAUAGUCAUCUCCGAUACCUUAGAACCAGAAUUUGAACCUCCAUUUAGGCUUGAGUUACAAAGGUUUCCAACAAUUCAACCCAAGCGUAGUAUAAGAGGAGAGAAGGCGGAGGAGAUAGAAGACAAAGCAAGUUCAAAAAAGAGAAAGAUAACGCCGAAUUUGCAGCUGAGUUUGAGCCACAGCUUGGCAAAUGAGAGCGACAAGGGUGGUGAAAGCACAAAAGAAAUCAAUACCAUGCUUUCUCUUUCAUUGUUGCCAUCUUCAUCGAGGAAACAUGUGCAGCCGGCUCAGCCUAGUGAAAGGCACCUAGAUAUCAUCCAAACCAAAACUAGUUGGCCUUUACAAACAAAUUGCAGCAAGGCCGCAUUGGGGCUGAGUACUUAGGAUCUGACCAUGUCAAUGUGAGCAUAGGAGUGAGAUCCUGUAAGUACUUGUCUUAGAGGCCAUAGGAACAAAUUAAUUAUAUUAGCUGUUUACAAUAUUGUAUUGCCUUGUUAUUUCUUCUUCAUUUUAGGUUUUCUACGGUGCAUGUUUGGAAGCUUGUUACAAUACAAAUGCUUCACCCACUCCACUCAUAGUCCUCAAUUACUGUAGUCUCCUCAUGCGCACUGGCUCAUGAUUUUUUUGCCAAUUAAUUAGGAGUUGUUGCAACUGUUUAUGGGCCAGGUAGCUCGA